CUUUAAUUAUUCACAGGAGGACGACCAGUUGUAUUUCCAUCCCGGGACGACCAAAGUGUAGUUCUUAGAGGUCAUUUCCUUGCACGACGUGAGCGUGACCACCACUACUAAAGAAUAGAUCUAAGAAUCUUUUUAAGUAGAUACUUGUUCUGGUGAUAUUAGUUUUAGGUACUUGUUCUUUUUUCAUCCAACUCCAAGAAAGUGAUGGCAAGUGUUGAGGAGAUAGAGGCUGUGAAUAACGAGCUCGAAGAGGGCUCGCUGCUUCCAGACACUGCUGAAGCUGAAGGCGGUGCGAAGAAAAACAAGAAGAAGAAGAGAAAGAAAAACAACAAAUCUCAAGUAGUCGCUUCACCUUCUUUUGUGGAACAUGGUCCGGGAGUGAAGCUUAUCGUAGUGAACAAGAACUCCAAAUGCAAUAAAUCUUCCGAGAAAGGUCAAACUUCCGAGAAGGAUCAAACUUCCUCUACUAGCACUCUGGAAUUCGACGAAUGGGCGCGCAAUGCUCUUGGCGACACACUUCUUCAGUCUGCAGAGGAUGCAGCCAAGACGGCUUGGGAAGCACCAGGUCGAAUAAAACGGCGCCAGAAAACCUACGUUUUUUCCGGAGAGCUGAGGCCCGCAACGGUGACCCAGCAGUCGCGGGUCUUUCACGAGAAAUAUCCUAACAUAGAGCGACCCGAUUACGCUGAUCAUCCUGAGGGCCACUGCCUCAGCGAACAAGCGUGGCCCGAGAACAGGAUACACGUGUACGAGGGGUCGGAGUUGGAAAUAAUGCGAGAGGCGUGUCGGAUUGGGAGAGAAGUUCUAGACAUCACGUCGAGGUACGCCUACGAAGGCGUCACGGGAGACCAGCUAGACAAAAUCCUAACACAAGCCUGCAUCGAUCGAGAAGUCUACCCCUCGCCAUUAAACUACUACCGCUUCCCGAAAAGCGUUUGCACAUCGGUGAAUUUAAGGUCCCCGCUUGGUCUUUUCACAUUAUAUCACAGAACUAGUUCUUGUACCAAGUAAAAGUCUGCAUUAUUUAAUGCUUAUAAAAUAUGAUCUACUCCUGAUAGAAGGUAGAUGAAUUGCGUGCCGUUUUUAAGAACAUCAUGAUAGAAGUGAUGGUUUCUGCUUGUUGUGUAGGAUCAUUUGUUCAAGUGACUUCAAACUCUCGUGGACCACUAGUCUAGUGACUGGAACCUCUUCUAAUCCUCGAAGUAAUUUGCCACGGCAUCCCUGAUAUGCGGCCUUUGCGAGCCGGCGAUAUCGUGAAUUUGGACGUGUCGAUUUAUCACAAAGGCUUCCAUUCCGAUCUAAAUGAGACCUUUUUCGUCGGAAAACCUCCGCGGGAAGAAAGUAGUGGAGGACAAGCACCCGCUCAAGCGCAAGGACAAGCACUUCAAGCAGAAGCAGAAGCUGUUGGAGGAGAUGUUGAGAUGAAAGUUGUCGAAGAUUCAACUUCAACAUCACCUGUUCUAGAUCUAGUAGGUGAUGAGAACAUAACUUUAAGGCUGUGUGUACCUAAUAGACAUCUUUGGACGCUGCUGCAUCCUUGAUGAAGAAAUGUAUGGACGAGGAGUAUCGUCCUAAGGGAAUACAUCCCCGUACUCUUCAACAAGGAUGCACUUGAAAGAUGAACUACCGUAAACAGCUCUAAUUCUAAUAACUACAACAAGUACAACAACUCUCCAGCAAGAAGCUCCUACAGUAUGGACGGGAGACACAGAAAGAGUGGUGCGAACGGCUUACGAGAGUUUGGUGGCGGCAGCGAAGAUGAUAAAACCGGGUUGUCUCUAUCGCAGUGUUGGAGGAACGAUACAGAAAGUCGCGGAAGGAAACGGAUGCAGUGUGGUGACUAGCUAUUGCGGUCACGGAGUUGGCAAAUUAUUCCACGGUCCGCCACAGGUACUCAUACUACAGAUCAACAUGAUAUUCUGCAGAUGAUAUUCAUGAUAUAACGAGAAAUAAAACGAGAAAAGCCAAAGUAAAAGUAUUCAUAUGCUUAUCAAUCUAUCAUCCAUUUACUACGAAAAUAGUUCUAGUAAGAAACCAUCUACUACUCCUCAAUCCACCCGCACCACGACUAGUACUUAGAGGUAGGUUUUUGGUGCUCGCUUUCCCCGCUUGUUAUGCCUUUCUCCCUUAGGAGAGGCAUAAAAAGCGGUAAGAAGAGCACCUUUAGCCUACCCUUAAGAUAUGAUCCACCUACAACAAUAGAUACUCGACCAACAUUUGCUUCAACUUCUAGGUCCCGCACUAUCGUGGUAGCAAAACACCUGGAAUCAUGAAAGCGGGUCAUAUUUUUACCAUUGAGCCCAUGAUCAACCUCGGUGCGAACAAUAGCCAGGAUGGCAUGUGGCCUGACGAUUGGACCGCAGUGACCAUGAAUGGAGCUCUCUCAGCCCAAUUUGAGCAUACUUUCCUUGUUACCGAGAACGGAUAUGAGUGUCUGACCCUAAGUCGCCAGGACAUCCUCCUAGCAGAACAGAAGAAGAAGAAAGGGGCUGCGGCAAGUAGCAAACACAUGCCAGAAUGGGAAGAUAUUGAGCCAAGACUCAGACGCUGUGCAGGUCGAGAUUUGCAGGAGGAAGUUACGUCUACCAAAAAGUAAAACCCCAGCCAGGUGGUGGAUAUUGAGUUCUUGAUUGAAUGAAGAGACAGAUAGUUGCUGUGCACGCAAGUGAUUGAAGUUGCUGUGCACGACGCAAGUGAUUGAAUGAAGAGACAGAUAGAAGCUGACAUAGAAAACAUUUCAUGAGCUCCACCUACUUCAUUGAGAUCUGCAUCUGGAUCUGCGUUGAUAAUAGAUUGACAAUGACACUGGCGCUUCAUCAUAAAAUAGUGAAGACUUAUAAAUAUUGAUGCGCGGAGUAGCUACUACUCGUUGCAUGUCUCGUUCAGCCUACUGUUCCUCGCUACGCAUACGUAUCCACGUAUCUACAAUAUAUCUAUUUGAACAAGAAACUCAGCGUCGUCCUGCUCGUGUAGUUCUUCGUUUGUUUCUACUGUUCGAUGUGUGAACAGUGAAGAUGCAACAACUAGCUACCCUGUUCAUGACCUGGGUGAAGCUCUCAAUAAGAAUAAGUUUGUUUGUUUUUUCUCAACUACCAGAAGAUCAGGGACUUCAACGGACAACUUGUUUACUUUCAUUCAUGUUUUUUCGUCUUCAUGCGAAGUCAGAGUCUAGUCAAGGAAG